GGCGGGGCUCGGGGCAGGGCCGGGGCGGGACGCGGGACGCGCCGCGCGGCUCCCCCGGCCGCGGCCCGCUCCCUGCCCUUCCCGCGGGCACAGCUGUGGGGCCGGCGGCGGCCGAGGCGCGGAGUGGCGGGACGAGGAGGAAGCAGUGCGGAGCCUAGUUUCGGGGCGGCGGGAGCCGGUGGGGGCCCGGCGAGGAGGGCUGGAGGUGGCGGGGCCCGGCGAGGCCACGAUGAAGCCGAACGGCGAGGACGAGGAGGCGCCCGCCGGGGGCCCCUGGGAGGAGUGCUUCGAGGCGGCCGUGCAGCUGGCGCUGCGGGCGGGACAGAUCAUCAGGAAAGCCCUUUCUGAGGAAAAACGCGUCUCAACAAAAACAUCAGCUGCAGACCUCGUGACAGAAACGGAUCACCUUGUGGAAGGUUUAAUUAUUUCCGAGCUGCAAAAGAGGUUUCCUUCGCACAGGUUCAUUGCUGAAGAGGCUGCAGCUGCUGGGGCCAAGUGUGUGCUCACCCCCAGCCCCACCUGGAUCGUCGACCCCAUUGAUGGCACCUGCAACUUUGUGCACAGAUUUCCCACCGUGGCAGUAAGCAUUGGAUUCGCUGUAAACCAAGAGCUGGAAUUUGGAGUGAUUUACCACUGCACAGAGGAGCGGCUGUACACAGGCCGGAGGGGCCGGGGCGCCUUCUGCAACGGCCAGCGACUCCGGGUCUCCGGGGAGACAGAUAUCUCCAAGGCCUUGGUUCUAACGGAAAUUGGCCCCAAACGUGACCCUGCCACUCUGAAAUUGUUCCUGAGCAACAUGGAGAGGUUACUCCACGCCAAAGCUCAUGGGGUCCGAGUUAUCGGGAGCUCCACCUUGGCACUCUGCCACCUGGCCUCGGGGGCUGCGGAUGCUUAUUACCAGUUUGGCCUGCACUGCUGGGACCUGGCUGCCGCCACCGUCAUCAUCAGAGAAGCAGGUGGCAUUGUGAUGGACACUUCAGGUGGACCUCUCGACCUCAUGUCUUGCAGAGUGGUGGCUGCGGGCACCCGAGAAAUGGCGACGCUCAUAGCUCAGGCCUUACAAACGAUUAACUAUGGGCGGGAUGAUGAGAAGUGAAAGGGAGCAGAGGGGCAGAGAAAUGUGACCCAAGGACUGGGCCCUCCUGGGAAUGCUGAGGCUGGCGGCGAGCCCUGGGACAAAGCUGCCUCCAGCAGCCUGCACACAUCAAGUGUCUCUGACCACCCCCAAGAGGAGGUGUUUUGCUAAAGUAUGUGGCUUUCUGGUUAAAUCCACGUCUUUCACCGGGAUUCGGUGUUUAGCUGGUGUCUCUCUUUAGUCUCACAUAGCCUUUAUCAGGUUAGUACACAUUCUUCUAUCAGGGCCAAAAUCCAAAUCUCGUGUGACAUACGUAUUGAAAAUUGAGUCUUGAUUUUUUUUCCUCCAGAAUGCAAAUCUCAGGUAAUAAGGCUUUAGAACUGCUGAUGAAGCGGACUUGUUCUCAGGCCCUCCCCCAUGGUACUUCAGAAUGCAAUAAAUCAAAAUAAUGGC